AUGCCAGAUCAGGUGCAAGGGCAGGGAGUUCAGGACGUUCCACCACCAGUGCCAACUGUUGUACUUACUGUUGCCUUACCUGCAAACAUAGUGGCAAGGUUAUUGAAUGUAUUGGAGGCAUUGGUGCCUACUCAGGGAGGAAGUUCAACUCCUCAGUCUACUUUACAGACACAAGCACCUGCACAGACUCAGACUUUCGGAAAUAAGGAAGUAUCCCUACAAGAGUUUCUGAAAUUUAUUUCUAGGAAGGCUAGCAGGAGAACCACCACUGAAUGGGAUGAGUUCACUAAGUUGUUCAAGAAUCAUUUUCUUCCAGACAACCUGAUGCAAAAAUGUGUUACAGACUUUGAGAGAUUGGUUCAUACUCCAGUCAGCCUUGCUAGAAAGAUUGAAAACAAGGGACGUGAUGAGCGUGUAACUAGUGAUUUACGUAAGAAGGCCAAGACAGGAGAGGCUUUCAGUGGCGGUUUUACUAAAAAUAGAAGAGUAGGAAAUCAGGGACAACAACAACAACAAGAUUCUCAAAUAGGGACACACAUGUCUUCACAGUUCACAUACAGACCACAUUACAGACAAGGUAAUAGGGGACCAUCAUCUUCUGGACAUCGUAAUUCUAGGCAUCUACUACUCCAGUCUGCCAGACAUGUGUUGGGACAUCACUUGAGCGAUUGCCCUCAGCCUCCAAAAAAUUUCAACCAGGCUUCUAUUCAGUCAGCUGUACCGACUCAGACUACUCGUAAUACUUCAGGUGCUACAGGUACAAGAAAUAGAGGUCGGGGUGCUGUAGACCGUGCUACUGUGAAUCAAGGACAAGGGAAUGAUGCUCAGGCCUCGAAUGCUGUGGUUACAAGUAUUCUUUGUGUCUGUUCAUUUGAUGCACUUACGUUGAUUGAUCCGAGAUCUACUCACUCCUAUGUAUCCUCGUACUUUGCUUUGAGGUUAAGUAGACAGCCUGGACUAUUGAAUGAUCCUUUUCUAGUUGCUACUCCUGUUGGAGAGUUUCUGUUAACUGAAUACGUACAUCGUGCUUGUCAGAUUCGGGUUGAGGGUAGAGAUACUCUAGCUGACCUUAUUGUACUUGAUAUGAUUGACUUUGACAUGCUGAUGGAAAUAGAUUGGUUAUCUUCUUGCUAUGUUAUAGUCGAUUGUCAUGCAAUGAUAGUUAAGUUUGAGAUACCAGAUGAACCUAGUUUUAUUCUAAGAGGGAGUCAGGUUCUAGAGAUUUACAAAGUUGCAUAUUUUAUGAAAGCUCAACUUCUUCUGAAGAAAGGUUGCUUGGGUCUCUUAGCUAUUGUAAAUGAUACAAGAAAGGAAACAGUUAGUAUAGUAGUGAGAGAAUUUUCUGAUGUAUUUCCUGAAGAUUUACCAGGAUUGCCUCCAGUACGAGAAAUAAACUUUGGUAUUGAAUUGCUACCUGAAACACAGCAUAUAUCAAUACCCCCAUAUCGAAUGGCACCAUGA